AUUCAAUCCAUGAUCUCACCACAAUAACUCACCAACCCCCGGCCAUGGCCUCUUUCACAAUAAACGCCGCCACACGGCUCUCCAGCCGCCGCACCCUCCCCACCUUCCAAUCCCACAUCUCCCCACGGCAAUGCCUCCAACAUCAACACCGACGACUCCAACCCCAACAACCACACACUACCACCCGACAAUACGGCACCUCCGACUCCCUCCCCAAGAUCGCCCAGCCCUCCCUCUGGAACUCCCUCGUCCCCAAAUUCAUCCGCAACCGCAAGUCCCGCUCUGACUCGUCAUCGCCCAAAUCCAAAGAAUGGAAUCCCGCCAGCUUCUACAUCAUCAUGUUCACCCUGAUCGGAUCGCAGGCUAUCCGGAUGAUUGCGCUCAAGAACGACUACGCGGCGUUUACGCGGUCAACAGACGCGAAGAUCACUCUGCUCCGCGAGGUCAUUGAGCGCGUUAAGAAUGGGGAGAAGGUGGAUGUGGAGAAGUUGUUGGGGACGGGGAAUGAGGCGAAGGAGAGGGAGUGGGAUGAAGUCCUCCAAGAAAUUGAAGCCGAGGAAUCCCUAUGGCACCAGAAAAACGCCGCCGCCGCGAAAGAGCCCGCCCCCGCAGCCGAACCGCCCAAGACGAGCGACGAGCCAUCGACAGAGAAUGCUUCGAAGCGAAAGGCGCAUUUUUUCUAAGCCAUUGAUUUCCUGUCACCUACUAUCGCUAUAUCUACGACCUCUAUAUACCUGAUGACUGUCGAGCAAUAUAACGUGCCAGAGCACACAGAGGGAAUGAGGCGUGGCUGUUGCUAGCCGAGACAGAUAGACGCAGUCGCCUCGCCGAGAUAGGCGUUUCUAGCUUUGAUCCGGGCGUGGGGGCUUGUCGAGCUGGACGCCUUGCUUAGCUUGUACGCUGUUACGAGCAGGGCUGAGACUCCACCCGCGAGCUACAUGGAUAGACCCAAAGGCAACAGAGGAAAGGGGAAAGGAAGAAAGGGAAUGGAAUGAAAAAGAAUACAUGUACAUUAAAGCCGACUUACUCUGUACAAAACAAC